AUGGGACUUCUCACCUAUGCCAGCCUUUGCCUUUUUGGCCUUCUGCUCUCCAGUCCUUUUCCAGGAGCUGAAGCCAAAUCCUGCCCCAGAGAUUGGAUGGAAAGUGAAGGGAACUGUUAUGGUUAUUUUGAUAGAGAAAUGACAUGGGCAGAAGCUGAGAUGGAUUGCCAGAGCUAUGGCCCCGGGACUCAUCUGGCCUCUAUUCUUACUGAGUCAGAGACAAAUCUCGUCGCCAGCUACAUCCUCCUUCAGAAGCCCCACGGAAGCAAAGUCUGGCUCGGACUGCAUGAUCCCCGUCAGAACCGGAGAUGGAGGUGGAGUGAUGGAUCAGCCUUCAACUACAAGGCAUGGGGGUACGGCCAGCCAGACAAUUACCAGAAUCAGGAAUACUGCGUAGAACUCAUGCGUUAUACAAGUUUCAAGGAUUGGAAUGAUAUAUAUUGCCAGAAUACUAACGCCUAUAUCUGCAAACAAAAGCUGUAGAGCUCCCUGUAUAACAUUGAGCUGUGCAUGCCGGAUGAAACUAGAUUAGAUGGAUAUCUCUUUGA